AACACGGUCCAAUCAGUGUGUGAAUGGAUGUGGAGGUGAUAUGAUAUGGAUAUCUAUUAGUAAAUAAAAGAGAAUAGAGAUAUAUUUUUAAAUUAAAAAUAAAUAAAAAAUGGGAGUUGUGAACGAGAAAAAUGCUGUGGAAAAUGUGCGACCAAGUGGCUUCGGCGUCCGCCAUGUCCAGACCGUCAUGCUGUUCUUCGGGAUGCUCUUGGCGUUCACGAUGCGGGUCAACAUAAGCAUGGCCAUUGUUGUUAUGACCGACGUCACGAAUGAGAAGAGUUACGAUUGGGAUUCUACUACUAAGUCUAUGAUACUCUCUUCGUUCUUCUGGGGCUAUGUGGUGCUGCAGAUACCAGCGGGGAUGCUCGCGAGGAAGGUCGGGGGCAAGCUGCUCAUCACUAUCUCCGUUGCCGUGAACUCCCUCAUCUCCUUGUUUAUACCCACAGCUGCUGCUAUUGGAGGCUGGAAGCUGGUGUGCGCCUGCAGGUUCCUGCAAGGUCUGACGCAAGCGUUCGUGUACCCCAGCAUGCAUCACCUGAUCAGCCAGUGGAUACCCUUGGAGGAGAAGGGUCUAUUGAGUACUAUCAUUUAUGCCGGUGGUCAACUAGGAACUUCCCUCCAGCUCAUAGCCUCUGGAUUCCUCGCAGCGACCUGGGGCUGGCCAGCCAUCUUCUACACCAACGCGACGUUGGGCGCCAUUUGGAGUGUAGCCUACACGUUCCUGGGCUCAGCCUCCCCGGAGCAGUCCAAAUUCAUGAAGGAAGAUGAGCUGCUGUAUAUACAGAGGUCCCUGGGAAGAGUUGGAGAGCAGAAGAGGUUCCCGACACCUUGGCUGAAGAUCAUGACGUCAUUGCCGUUCUGGGCCGUCAUCAUUGCCCACUGCGGGCAAAACUGGGGCUUCUUCACGCUCAUGACCGAAAUGCCAACGUACAUGAGCAAAGUGCUCAACAUGGAACUCAAGAGCAACGGCAUUCUAUCGUCGCUGCCGUACUUAGCAAUGUUUCUGCUGAGUUUCUCCAUGGGGGCGAUGACUGAUCUCAUCCUGAGGAGGAGCUGGCUCAGUGUUACUAAUACUAGGAAGCUGUUUAAUUCAAUUGGUCUGUGGGGCCCAGCGGUCGCCAUGAUAGGUUUGUCAUACGCUCCUGCAGGCAACUCUCUGAUCGCAGUCACCAUGUUAGUCCUGGCUGUGGGCAUCAACGCUGGACAGUUUACAGGAUACAUGUUGGUACACAUUGAUUUGGCGCCCAACUUCAGCGCGUGUCUGAUGGGCAUCACCAACUUCCUGGCCAACAUCAUAUCUAUUAUAUCUCCGCUCGUGUGCGGAGCCAUCGUCCAGGACGAGACCGACACGAGCCAGUGGAGAAUAGUAUUCUUCGUAGCAUCCGGGGUUUACUUCUUCACCAAUCUGUUCUUCGUGCUGUUUGCCACAUCGGAAAGACAAGACUGGAACGAACCGAAGGAGGAUACGACAUCGGAAAAAAGGCCACACUGGACAAACCCUCGUCGGCUAUGUUGUGGGGAUAGUAGUGUUUAAUAAUUAAAAGAAUAUACAAUAGACUACGUAAACAUCAUUGGACGAUUGAUUGAAAUAUCUAAUCCUUACAAAUUCCCAAAACACAGAUAUUCCAAACUGAGAAUUAUUGUUACAAAAUUCUCAUGUCAAAGUUUAUUUAUUUAGUUAUUUUAUACUCCUUUGUUAUUUUUAACUAAAUGAUAAUUUUGACGAUAAUUUAAAACAAUUUUCAUUAUUUAUUAUAUUUACUUAAAGCCAUUACUGUCAUCUACUGUGUAAAGGAUACCUUCCAUUUAGUCCGGUCCUGAUGUUAAAGUUUUCCAGAUUUUACGAAGGUUUUUUUAAGAAAUUAUUAUUUUAUGUAAAUAAUACUAUUUGUAAGUACCUGAAAUUUUUGUAAAUAUAUACUAUGUCACAUUAAA